GUUUCUUUCUUCCAGUAUAACCUGCUGGUAGUUUCUGUCUUCGCGGGAGAAAUCGAGAUGAGCGCUGGAGCUGAGACCAAGUGUUAUAAGCUGGGGGAUCCGACGAUUCCCUUCGUGGAUAAGGAGGAUCAGUUUGACUUUACAUGCGAAGGUUUUGCAUCUCCAAGAGCUCAGAUGUCCUGUGGACAUGUGGUGACCCCGAUGUCUCUCACUAAGUGGUGCAAACAUUUAGUGGAAAAGGGCGACAGCCAGUUUGUUUGCGGUCAGUCUGGCUGUGAUGCUGUUUGGCCUUUCAAAGAGGUCUGUAAAAUGGCCCUCCUGACCCCUGAAGAAAAGGACUACUUUGAGAAAACCAUGUCCUUUAAUGCUGCCGCCAGAAACCCUAACUCUAAGUUUUGUCCUGGAUGCAUGUCUCCUGUGACCAGAGGGAGCAGCUUAAACCUUUACAUUCACUGCAAAGUGUGCUCAGGAAAAACAGGACGCACUUUUGCAUUUUGCUGGCAAUGUUUGAGGGAGUGGAAAGGUAUACAGCCUCGGUUCGACCGCUGUGAAAAUGAUGAUUGCCACAAUUCUGCCCUGAAAACCUUGAGAGAGUGUCCAGAAAUCCAAAUUCAGACUGAGAAUGGAGCCAAAGGGUGUCCGUCUGUCCGUGCCUGUCCAACCUGUGGCUCACUGAUCCAGCACACCGGGAAAGGAUGUAAAAUCAUUUCAUGUCCAAGAUGUCACAUGCAGUUUUGUUUUGGCUGUCUAAAGAGCACUCUUGAGUGUAUUAUUGCACAAAACAGAGUUUUGGGAAAAUGCCCUUGCGAUAUUGCCCCAAGACAGACCUCCAUACCCAUGUGGCAGAGAAAAAUUUAG